AUCUCUCAGCAAAUUUUCUCUUUUUUUUUUGGGUAAUCGCAAAUUUUCUCUUUUCCAAAAAAAGUUCGAAUCUUUAGGGGUUUCCCCCCGACUCCGUCUAAUCAUGAAGCACCUUAUUCGCCGUCUAUCCCGAGUCGCCGACUCAGCACAAUACAGUCUCCUCCGUUCAGAUUCUCGGCGACUGAGUCGGCUGUCGGGGUCGUCAAUCCGAUCUCUGGUUCGCCAAACCAAGAAGGCCACAUCGUCGGUUCCACAGGGACACGUGCCGGUCUACGUGGGUGAGGAGAGGUUGCAGACGGCGAUCCGGUCAGCAGCUCGGAGAGAGAAGAAGGCGAAGUCGUCGGUACCGCAGGGACACGUGCCAGUGUACGUGGGGGAGGAGAUGGAGCGGUUCGUGGUGAGCGCGGAGGUGAUGAACCACCCGGUUUUCGUGGGGUUACUGAACCGGUCGGCUCAGGAGUACGGGUAUGAGCAGAAGGGAGUUCUACACAUACCCUGUCACGUGUUGGUUUUCGAAAGAAUCAUAGAGUCUCUGCGUCUGGGCCUGGCUUGGUCACAUGACCUCCAGGAUCUCAUUGGUGACGGCGCCAUCUGAUGAAACAGCUUGGAGAAUCGUUCUUUAGUUAGAGAGGCAGAGUAAAAGAUAGAUGUGUUUGUUUUUUUAAUCAGAUACAGGCAAAAGUCGGAUGACGUAUAGGUGUAAAUACACGUUUUAUUCAAUCUGAUUUGAAGGUGGGGCUCUGUGAAGAAAUCGAAGUCAGAUUUUUUUUUUUCCCUCUUCAGUGUUAGAAUCUGAUGUUACUGGAAAAAAGAGGUAAAAUCCAGAAAGGGGUGCGAGGAUUUAAGUACUGUGAUGAAGCGAAGCCGUCGACUUGUCUGUUUUCCCCUCUAUGGACCACCGAGGGCAAAUAUGUAUUUUUAACAGAAAUCUCGACAAUCUUUCUUCUGUUAUAUUGUAGCGAUUAUUAUCAGGGAACAUAUUCAGUCUGUG